AUGUUACAGUUUCUUAUUGCAUUUUCUUCUUCUGUAAAUGCAAAAGAUGUAUUCAUUCGUAAAAUACUUAAGCCUGAUUAUUACUAUACACUACCAAUUUCUUUCGAUAUGAUUACUAAACGAAUUUGCACAGUCAAUAAAGAAGAAGGUACCAUAGCAUGCCCAAAAGGUACCAAUGCAAGUAAUGCUGCAUAUAUUAAAACAAAAAUAUCAAACUUGCCAGAUCUUGUUUUUGAUCGUAGAGAGUUAACGUGCAACACACUUACAACGAAUAUCAAUCAAAAGUGCUAUGUUGAUAUUUUUAAGAAUGGCCAAAAGAUCAACUGGGCUCAUCCAAACGCAAGCCAAACAAUAUCAGGACCAAUCGGACAAUUAUUAAACGAUCUUAACGUUGUUGUUUACUUCUUCUCAGGAGAUGCUGAAGCAGUUUUUAAGCUACCAACUAUCAAAUUCAUUGCGAAAGAUUUUGAAAUUCAGAAAUACGGAUCUCCAACAAAAGAAAAAAUUAAAGAUAAAAUAUACAGAUAUACUGUAGAAAUUGAACCAACAGAACAAUUUUAUCUCUCUCCACUUUACAUUAAUAAUGCUCAUCAAAGACCAAAGCUUUAUUGGUCAUAUAAUAGUCCUAUUUCCCGAUCAAAGACUGAUUUGACGUUAACUCCAAUUAUUGCUAAUAGCUCUUUAAUUGUUGGCUAUGAUAUUUACAAUGAUGAUAACUUUAUACCUUGGCAUGCUCGUACAUACAAGAACUAUACUUUCAUGGAAUUAUCAAUUCAUCCAUUAACCAAAUUUAAAGUUUCUUGUAUUAUAAUGGAAGUAGAAACUAAAAGUUAUCGAGAUGCUUUAGAAAAAUGGCACCUUGCUUUUAGUGAUAUUUAUGAUAAACAUGGCAUUGGAAUUAGUUACUGGUUUACUUGGGAUUAUGAACUCAUGUAUAAACAAGAUGAAUUACUUAAAUCAUGUCUAGUUAAUGCAUUUUGGGGUUAUUAUAUGCUUGAAAAAGAACCACCUCCAAGAAUUAAAGCAUUUAGAUAUUACUCGCCAAGUAUGAUAAAUAAUCAAUGGGUUAAAAAUGACGAAAAUAUUGAAGAGAAUCUAAGAAAGUGUCCAAAUGAAACAUGUAAAAUGGCAUUGGAAUAUGGCAUAAGAGAUAUCGAUGGAAAGUUACGUUGCUAUGAUAAUGGAACUACUGGUUCUUCAUGUUUCUUCUUAAUUUCAACCGAAAAGAAGAAACAAUAUCAAGAGGAAAUGAAAAAGUUGAUGGACAAAUAUAAGUUCACAGGAAUUGCAUUUGAUGUAUUUGGAAGAUAUGAUGCAAGUUAUACAGAUAAAGAAAUGCCAUUGGAUAUAUAUCCAUAUAAAAUAUUGGAUGAUAAAAAUAACAAUGCAGAAUUUUAUCGUUUGUAUAAUGGAGCUUUAGAUCUAUUAAAGUCAUUUAAACAAUAUGCACCUAAUGGUUUUUGGAUAAAUGCCGGCACAACACCUCCAAAUGUUGUUCAGCAUAUUGCUUUAACAGGUUCUGAAAGGUACUUCAAUAAAAAUGAAUUCACUCAUAGCAGAGAUGGGUUAUGGAAUCAUAGAUUUAGUUUAGGUUCAAGACCAAUGACUAUAUUAGAUUUAUCUUAUGGUAAUCAAUAUGUAGAAUCAGCAUUUUGUUAUUGUGCUGCUGUUGGAUGUGUUCCAUCUGUUGAUCAUUAUGAUAAAAGUCAAACAAUUUGGUAUAAUGAAACAAUUCGUAAGCAAAUGACGGCAUAUUUUGAUGUCUGGAAACCAAUUUAUGAGGAAAUGCAUAAUGAUACUACUUUUAUGGCAAAUGCAAAUGGCCAAGUUGAUGGCGGAAAUUAUACUGACGAAUGGGGCAGCUUUUGUAAAAAGAAUGGAUAUUGUUAUGUUGCAUUUGUUGCAUCUGAAAAGAAUAAAGAGUAUCGCGUUAAAGUUGAAGGACAUCCAAAAUUGUAUUAUAAAUCUAAUGCAGUUACAUAUGAAAUAAAUGGCAAUGAAAUAACAUUUAAGAGUAGUGAAGAUUUUAGAUCUCUAAUUAUUAAAUAUGACAACAUUAAUUACAGCAAUAAUAAAAAAGGUAUCAUUGCGGGAUCUGUAAUCGGUGUCAUUGUAGUAAUAAUAGUAAUUACUGCAGUUGUAUUUAUAAUUCUCAAAAAGAAGAAAGAAAACCAAUCAGAUGCUGCUGUUGAACAUAUGCAAAUAGUUUAA